GAGGCCCGCUCAGUUGCGCUUGUGGGUUUGGUGUGUUAGAACGCGGGCGGUGAUGUCAUUGGCAACCAAUCAAAAACUUAAAAGAGCCAGCCCGGGCCCGCGCGGAGCAGCAGCUCUCUAUUUACAUGUAAACCUAGGCGGCAGGACGCGGUUUAACCCUUCCCGGGACUGAAGUGUCAAUGGCUUGCGCUGGCCGCUCCGGCUGAAACUGGUUCUUCCGGCGCCCCGGACCCUCCCACGCCACCUGGUGCGGACACAGGCCUCGCGGGGUCUCCAUUCCACCUCGUGACUCCGGGUGGGGGCUCAGAAGUGUCCGGCCAACUUUCCCGAGGCCGGAGGCGACUCGAAGCCGGGUCCCUCCAUGGCCGUGACAGCGCCGCGCGGGACGUGAGCGCGCACAGGGCUGGCCUCCCCGCCGCCCCGCUCGGCCCGGCCCGCAGAUGUCGCUGCCUCUCCGGCUGCCCUACUGCUCUCCCGCGCGGCGGCUGCGCGCCGUGCUCCUGUUCCCCUACUUCCGUGCCCCGAUCACUCCCCCGCCGUCCCCGGCCUGUGCGCAGGAGCCCGACUCGGAACCCGAAGGUGGCACCCAGGAGAGCUACGCGGAGGAGGAGGCUUGGCUCUACUCCGGCAGCCACUGGGGGCGCGUGCUGAGAGGCAGCGUGGGCGCCAUCCCGCAAGGCUGGGCGUGGCCGGGCGCGCCGGGCAUCCAGCAAGCGCCACAGCCCCGGCACUUGCCCCCACCCCCGCCCUCCGCGGCCCCGGCGCCUUCCCCUGACACCUCCCCGAUCGCCGUGUCUUGGCGCUCGCAGUCCAUCCGCCCCACGGUGCUGGGCCGUCGGCCCUCGCUAACGCAGGGUACUCGGCGAGCCAAGGAGCGCCAGCCCGGAACUGCAAGCGCGGGAGGGAAGGAGCCCGAGCCUAGGGUGAACAGCCAAAAUGAGGGGCGUUUGAGGAACGUGGGGGAGCCGACACCUGCUCUCCCGGUUCCCCGAACUUUGGCCUUUAGAGGGGUCGCUGGUCGCAGCCUGUGUUCGGGGAAGAGAAGUGGGAAGCUGAGCAAGCCUGCCAGCACCUCGCCAGAAAAAUAUCAGGGAAGCUGCCGAAGAGUGACCCUGGAGUUCAAAGGAGUGGAAAAGCCUAGAUGAACUAUGACGAAGAUGCAUCAAAGAAUCCUAAAGCAAUAGAGCUUUUUAUACCUCCCCACCCCUCCUAGCUCAGAGAGGAAGACCAAACUGUGAAGUAAUUGAAAUGGAAUAAAACAUUAUCUGCUCUGUGGAA